AUGACGCGACACAGCAAGCAUAACACCGGCAACGCUGUCUUCACGUACCAUGAGAGGAGGAAGGUCAAGGACUUCAACACGCUGCGUCAGCGCCUCGGCGCGGAUUCCAUGCGUAAAUGCGAGCACUGCUGGCUCUGCCUGUCCACGGCGGUGAAGCCUGUUUGCACGCCGGCGGGCUACGUGUUUUGCAAGGAGUGCAUCCUAAAGUGUUGCGCGAAGCAGCUGGAGGACCACAAGCGCGAGGUCGAGGAGUGGAACGCGCAGCUGCUGUACGAGGAGGCUAAGAAGGCCGAGGAGUUCCACAGCACCCAUGAGUCGCUGAAGCGGAAGCUGGUGGACACGAGCGUGUUCGGCGUGAGCACGGUAAAGUCCGCGAAACGCCAGGCGAGCGGCGCGCCGAACGAGCGCGAAAAGGCAACCACAGCGGCCGACAGUAACUUCUGGGUCGCCAACGCGACGCGCAAAGGCGAUGCGGAGACGAAGGGUGAGCGCGGCGCCAGGAUGCCCCCGAAGCCCAAGCCCGGUCUCAAGUGUCCCAUCACAGGCAAGCCGCUGAAGAUCAAGGACCUGGUGGAAAUGCACCCCGACACUGAAGAGUCCGACGACCCCGCUUCUGGGGUCACCUGGGUGUGCUCAGUGUCGCAGCAACCGAUAUCGCACAACCCUGUCUUGCUGGACCGCAGAACCGGCAGGCUGGUCCUCCGCCGCUACUUGAAGCUGUCUAACGCCGAGGAAGACGGCCUGUUCAUCGAGCUGAUUCCCGGCGGAACUGGAUUCGCCGCGCACAACGGCGUCAUGGCACAGAAAUACCGAGAGGCGUUGCUGUGA